AGAGAGAGUGUCCCUCCUCUUUCUCUCUCUCUCCUAUGAUUGGUUGGCAGCACGACCUAAUAUUUUCCUCGAGAGUGAGGAUGAGAUAUAAUUUUUUCUUUUCUUUAUAUUCCAAAGCGAAGGAAUGAAGUAAUCUAACAGGAUGCCUUGUUCUCAUCUUUGGAGAAGGUAAGGAAUUCCUUGCCUUUUACAUAAACUCGCAGACUCAAUCUACAAACACUGAAAGAAACAUGUUUGAAAAUUUAAAGCUGCUCCUCCUUCUGUAUCAAACCUCCAAAUGGCCUCCAACCAAACCUGUCGUAAUCUUAUAGAAGGGCUAAGAACUUCCUGCAACAAUAUGGUUAGUAGAAUCAUGAGACUCCCUUACAACAUACUAGAAGAAAUCUCAAGAUUUAUCGGUGGAGAAACCACCGCAAGAAGCAAUCCUUCAUAUCUAGAUCCUCAAGAAAAUAUAGACAUCAUUCCUGAAGAGUGGUACUUUCUGAAUGUCUUCGAACAGAAAUAUGGUGAAUCACACCCGUUCUUUUACCCAAAACGAUUAAUGGAGGUUCUGAAGAUAGCUAAAAAAGAGUCGAAGUUUGUUUUCGUGUAUCUUCACGCUCCUGAUCAUCCAUUAACGUCUUUGUUCUGCCGCGAAACUCUGUGCUCGGAAUUAGCAGCGCAGUUUCUUGAUGCGAAUUUUGUUUCAUGGGGAGCAGUUGCGAGUCGAGGAGAGGGGCUGGACCUGACAAGGAUGCUACGUGUAUCGAGCUUCCCUUUCUGUGCUGUUCUUGCUCUACCUGUAGAAAAAGCCAUUGUGGUUCUGCAGCAGGUGGAAGGCACAGUUUCUCCUGAGGCACUUGUUGAAAUCUUACAGAGGACACUAGAAGAGCAAGGCGCAGCUUUCAGACUCUCAAUAGUAGAAGAAGAAGAAAUGAUCAGAGCAAAUCGCGAACUGCGAGAGGAACAAGAUAAAUCCUACCUCGCAGCACUUCAAAAAGAUAAGGAAAAAGAGGAGUUUCUAUCUGCAAGUAAAAGCAGCAGAAAGUCAAACGAUGAAAAACUUCCAAGAAAACCAGUACAAAAGCAUUCUCCUCUUAUAUUGAAAGAAGAUUCAAAGAAGACAGCAAGGCCCAAGGAGGCUUCAAAAGAAACACAGAAGGAAAAUACCACACUAAGGAAGAGACACCCCUAUACAAGAAUACUGAUUAGAUUUCCCAAUGGAACAAAGAAGGAACAGAAGUUCCUAAGCACAGACACAAUUCGAUCCAUAUACAAAUAUAUAGAUUCUUUGGAUAUACCCGGUGUUGGAAGCUACCAGCUAAUAUGGAACUUCCCAAGAAAGGUUUAUGGCCAUGAGCAGUUGGACAUGACGCUAGGAGAAGCUGGCCUGCAUCCUAAUGCGGCAUUGUUCAUGGAGCUCAUUAGUUAACAGUCUCAAAGAUUGUUACUUCGAAUACAUAAAUCAAUUUCCUUGGAGGAGAAGUCUUUAAGAACAUGAGGAGAGAGAUCUGAAUGUGUUGCAUGUUUGAAGAAAUGUUCAAUUAAAUCAU